UGUGCUAGCUGUGAUUGCUCACAGCUUGUCACAUGGUACAAGGCUGUUACUUCACAAGUAGUAAGCAAUGAUGUUAGCAAGUGACAUCUUGCUUACUACUAUUCAUGUGAUCACUGAUUGGCCAAUCAGUGAUCACAUGAUCGGGACCUCACACAGAGGUUGGAUCGCGGUGCCAGGGAGUGCGCACAGGCAAGGAGUGCUGGAGGACAUUUAUAAAUGGCCACCAGCUCCUGCACUUCUCCUGUCUGGCCGUUUAUGUAUAUGGUCCAGACAGGAAGUGGUUAAAGUGUAU